AUGGUGUCGUCAGUCACCCUGGCAAGGAAAUCCCAGUCGUUCGUCGUGCCGGCCGCGCCGGCGUCGGGAGAGACGCUGGAGCUGUCCGCCAUCGACCGCGUGCCCGGGCUGCGCCACACCGUGCGGUCACUGCACGUGUUCCGGCGCAACGGCGCCGACAGCGCCAGGCCGGCCGAGGCCGCCGCCGACUGCAGCCUGGAGGACGUGAACGGCCUGGACUACCCUCUCGUGGUCUGCGAGGAGGAGCUGCUGCCCGCUCCGGAGGAAGGCGUUGACCCUACCACUAUUCCGGUCAUGAUGCAGGUGACCGAAUUCACUUGUGGAGGAUUUGUUGUGGGCUUGGUAGCGGUCCACACCCUCACAGACGGGCUUGGCGCAGCACAAUUCAUCAACACAAUUGCUGAGUUAGCCCGCGGUCUGGACAAGCCUACGGUGGCUCCUGCAUGGGCUCAGGCUGUAAUCCCAAGCCCACCCAAGUUACCUCCAGGGCCACCGCCAUCGUUCCAGUCCUUCGGCUUCCAGCAUUUCGCCACAGAUGUUAGCUCAGAGUGUAUCGCCCAUGUCAAGGUCGAAUACUUCCAAGCAAUGGGUCAGUAUUGCUCAACUUUUGAUGUCGCCAUUGCAAUGGUUUGGCAAGCUCGAACUCGGGCCAUCAAGUACAGUCCAGAAUCCGAGGUCAAAAUAUGCUUCUUCGCAAACACCAGACACCUUCUCACACAAGUUCUCCCAAAGGAUGGGGGCUUCUACGGCAACUGCUUCUACCCGGUUACCGUGACAUCUAUGGCGAAGGAUGUUGCCAUGAUGGGGCUGCUUGGUGUGAUCAGGAUGAUUAGGGACGGGAAGGCAAGGCUCCCUUUGGAGUUUGCCAAGUGGGCGUCAGGGGAUGUGAAGAUUGAUCCAUACCAGUUGGCGUUCGAGCACAAUGUGCUAUUUGUGUCGGAUUGGACGAGGCUUGGAUUCUUUGAGGUCGACUACGGGUGGGGCACUCCUAGCCAUAUCUUACCAUUUACCUAUGCAGAUUACAUGGCGGUCGUGGUGCUUGGUGCUCCGCCAAUGCCCAAGAAGGGCACACGAGUUAUGACCCAGUGUGUGGAGGAGAAGUAUCUCAAUGAGUUCAAGGAUGAGAUGAAGGGUUUCUUUUAA